GAAACUCAGUUUAUAAUGGUUCUUCGAAUAAAAAUUUUACUGCAAUAUCAAAUUUUAAUUUUAGAAAAAUGGUGUCUCUGAAUCAACCUUGAUAUUUGCUUUGAUCUAAUCUGUGAUUUUGACUUGUUAGAUCAAUGACAUGCAUUCGUUUUUGCUUGACUUCGUGACAUGACCACAGUUACUUAGACCGUGACUUGACUGUUGUUUUGUAACGACUUAAAGUUACUGUGAUGACUUCAAUGAACGCUAAUUUUUGGAAUCAAAAUAUGAAGAACGAUGAACGGAAAGAUGAUAAACCUCCUUACUCGAGAAUUUUCGUGGUUUGCGGUAAACAACUACAAGAGGAAGAUUUAAAGGCGCCAUUUGAAGUAUUCGGCGAUAUUGAGGAUUUGUACAUACCCAGGGACCGUAACAGCGGAGAAUCGAAGGGUGUAGCUUAUAUUAAAUAUAAUAAAACUUCAUCUGCAGCAGCAGCCAUUCAGGAAUUACAUAUGAAAAACAUAAAAAAUAGUCAAAAACCUAUUAAAGUGAUGGUUGCUGCCAGCAAAAACGACGUACAUUCAAACAAUGAGGAGAAGUAUAAAAGGCUCUUUAUUAAAGUACACAAAGAGGCCUCAGAGAGUGAAAUUCGUGAGCAUUUCUCAAAUUUUGGAAAAGUCGACUCUGUACACUUGCAGAGAGAUAGACUUACUGAUAUGUGCAAAGGUUUUGCUUACGUCAAUUAUACAAACUUUCUAGAGGCUGCGAAAGCCUUUGAAAACUGUGACCGUAAGUAUAGACCAGUAUUUGCUACACCUAAGGAGGAAUUGAAAAGAAGUAGAAUUAGUUUAGAUGGAGCAGGAGUAAAUUUUGGAGAUAGUCCUCAACUUAAUAAUUUUAAUAGUAACAGAGAUAGUUCCAUAGAUCAUUAUAAUCAGGUUCGUGAUGGACUUCAAAAGGACACCUUAAGUUUAAUAAAAGCCCAGCCACAUCACUAUGAUACAGUAUGUGUCACAUGUAGCCCACAAGUAUCACAGAAGCACAUUGAGAAAUUGUUUAAUAUUAUUCCUGGAAUGAACAAAUGUCAAUAUACCACAGAUACAUAUAAUGGCAUUUGUAAAUCAAUAAUUACAUAUGACAGUGAAAAAGCAGCUGCAUAUGCAGUUGAGAGGCUUAAUAACUUUGAAUUUCCAUCUGGUGAAAUAGUAUCUGUAAAACCAGAUGAUAAUCCUUUGAACAAAGCUGCCAGUACUUUGACAAAUAUUGUGAAUAGUUUUAGAAACUCUAUAGACGCUGGCAACAAUGGUAAGGAACUUCUACAAUUGGCGGAUGCUAUUGCACAAGCAUCUUGUUUAAUAAAAGCUGCCACAUCAGGAAAAGUAGAGACAAAAACUGAUAAGCAAGAUUGUCUCUGCAGUGUGCCUUUGCCCCCUCCGCAGCCAAUAGUGAACAAUAACAGUAGAGUUGCUCAACGUUGCUUCAUAGUGUGUAAGCCAUGCCCUCCCCCUGCCACAGUCUUGAAAGAUGCAUUUUGUCGUUUUGGUGAUCUGAUAGAUGUAAGCACAUUCCCUAAUAAGACUUUUGGAUUUGCUAAAUAUGCCUCUAUAAGGUCUGCGCAGGAAGCUAUCAAAACUUUAAAUGGUGCAGUUCUCUCUGGUAUAAAACUGAAAGUAAUGGAGGCUGAUGAGAGGCCUACAAAAAGUGAUGACUAUAAAAUGAUUGUGGAAGAACAGAAUGACAACUUUGCAGAUUAUGAGAAAGAAAAGAGGAAAAGAAUGAAACUAAAUGAUAGGGACACAGAUGAAUGACUGCUAGCUAUGUAUGACCAGACAUGAAAUCUCCUAAUUUAAUGACUAUCUCAAUAAAAUGAUCAAUUACUUUUUAAAAUAUUAACUAAAGACAUUACUGAACACAAAAUAGAAUAAAACCAACUGUUGUAAUGACUUUUUUUUAUAUUGCAUGAAAUUAUGUUAAUUUUAUUUGAAUACAGGUAUUUAUAUAUAUUC